AUGGGGGAUUGGGGCUGCUAUGGAAGGGGUGGGGGUUUGUGGGGGGUGAUGGGGAUCCUGGGAGGAGCCCAGGCUGAGAUGCAAGCCCGAGGCUUAGCCCUCCACUUCCUCCCUGUCCUGUCCCGCCACCAUCAGUACCAUCUGGAUUACUGCUCCAUGUACACAGAGCACAGUGUCUGUGCCAGGGACCCCGAGUGCAGCUGGUGCCAAGGAGCCUGCCAGGCUGCCCCGCCCCCUGGGAGCCCGCCUGGAGCCUGCCCAGCAGCUGGCUGCCUAGGCCUGGCCCGCCUUCUGGGUGACUGCCAGGCCUGCCUGGCGUUCAGUGGUGCCGUCCCCCCACCUCGCGGGCCUGGGGCCCUGGGCUGGUGCGUCCACAAUGAGAGCUGCCUUCCCCGGCCUGAGCAGGCUCGAUGCCGAGGGGAGCAGAUUUCUGGCACCGUGGGCUGGUGGGGGGCAGCCCCUGUCUUUGUUACAACUCUGGAUGCCUGUGUUACUCAGAGUUUCCUGCCUGGCCUACACCUGCUCACCUUCCAGCAGCCCCCCAAUGCCUCCCAGCCUGACAAGGUCUCAAUUGUCCGUAGCACAACCAUCACUCUGUCACAGACGUCCAACACAGAGUCAGAUGUGUCCCUCGUCUACCGGGGCUUCAUCCACCCGCUGCUGCCUGGGGGACCUGGCGGCUCAGGCGCUGACGAUGUCGUCGUGUGGGCCCGGGCCCAGAGGUUGAGGGUCCUGGCGCGGAUGGCCCGGGGACCCGAUAGUCAGCACAUGGAGGAAGUGGGGCGCUGGGUAGCCCAGCAGGAUAAGGAGAUACGGAGGCUCCAGCGCCCUGGCUCGGCCCGCCUCUUCCCUCUCCCUGGCCGUGGCCACAAGUAUGCCGUGGAGAUCCAGGGUCAGCUGAAUAGCUCUGCGGGCUCUGGGAACAGCGAGCUCACCCUGCUGUGGGACCGGACCGGCGUGCCUGGGGGCAGCGAGAUCUCCUUCUUCUUCCUGGAGCCCUUCCGCUCGUCGGCUUGUACCUCCUAUACCUCCUGCCUGGGCUGCCUGGCGGACCAGGGCUGCGGCUGGUGCCCGCUCAGCGCUUCCUGCCUCCUUCGCCAAGAUGGUGCACGCUGCAGUGGGGGUGGGGCCCUGCUGGUGCUGGCCCCAGCCCUCUGCCCACUCUGCGAGGAGCACCGUGACUGCCACGCCUGUGCCCAGGAUCCUUUCUGUGAGUGGCAGCAGAGUCUGAGCCGGAAAGGAGAUGCCACAUGCAGCCGCCGGGGCCGGGCUGGGUCAGCUGUGAGGAGCCCCUCCAACUGCCCCCCACUCUGUAACCAGCGACACUCCUGUGAGACGUGCCUGGCCAACUCUAGCCAGUGUGCCUGGUGCCAGUCUACACAGACCUGCUUUCUCUUUGCUGCCUACCUUGCCCGCUAUCCUCAUGGGGGCUGCCGGGGCUGGGAUGACAGUGUCCACUCGGAGCCACGAUGUAUGAGCUGUGCACGUUUCCUUUCCUGCCACGAUUGCCUGCAGAGCCAUGAGUGUGGCUGGUGUGGGAAUGAGGACAACCCGACCCUGGGCAGGUGCCUCCCAGGAGACUUCUCAGGACCAAUGGGGGGCAGUCCCUGCUCCCUGGGAGCCGGGGAGGGGCUGCCUCCAGGGCUUCCUGCCCACUGGUCGUAUGCCCAGUGCCCAGAUGUGGAUGAGUGCCGCCUGGGCCUGGCACGGUGCCACCCGCUGGCAUCCUGCCUGAACACACCAAUCAGCUACGAAUGUCAUUGUGGGCACGGUUACCAUGGUGAUGGGGUCACCCACUGCAACCAGACUUGCCUGGAGGACUGUGGUCAUGGCACGUGUAGUGGGCCCCCUGACUUCACUUGUGUGUGCGACCUGGGCUGGACCUCGGAUCCCCCCCUGCCCACGCCUGCCCCUGGGCCUCCUGCCCCUCUCUGCUCCCGAGACUGUGGUUGUAACUUCCACAGCUACUGCUACACCCAGGGGCCCGGCAUCUGUGACGAGUGUCAGGAUUGGACCUGGGGUGAGCGGUGUGAGCGGUGCAGGCCAGGCAGCUUUGGCGAUGCCACGGGACCCAGUGGCUGUCAGCCCUGUCAGUGCAAUGGGCAUGGGGACCCCCAGCAGGGCCACUGCGAUGGCCACACUGGCCUGUGCUUCUGCCAGGACCACACCGAGGGAGCGCACUGUGAGCUCUGCACAGCCGGUUACUACGGAGACCCUCGGGCUGGGGGCUCUUGUUUCCGGGAGUGUGGGGGCAGAGCCCUCCUCACCAAUGUGUCAUCCGUGGCGCUGGGCUCCCGCCGAGCAGGGGGACCCCCCCAAGUGGGCAGUCAAGCUGGGCCUGGGCUGGCCUACUGUGUGUGGGUGGUGUCAGCCUCUGAAAACUUGGAGCCCUGCCGGCCUGGGGUUCCCUGCCCCCCACUGACCCUCACCUUCUCCCCAGACAGCAGCACCCCUUGCACACUGAGCUACGUUCUGGCCUUCGAUGGUUUCCCACGAUUCCUGGACACGGGCAUUGUGCAGUCUGACCGGAGCCUCAUUGCAGCUUUUUGUGGCCAGCGACGGGACCGGCCACUCACUGUGCAGGCGCUCUCAGGGCUGCUGGUCCUACACUGGGAGGCAAACGGCUCAUCCUCGUGGGGUUUCAAUGCAUCUGUGGGCUCUGGCCGCUGUGAGAUGGGGCCAGGGGGCCCUGGGAGCUGCCCAGCUCCCCAGGAGUGUGUCCCUGAAGAAGCAGGAGGAGGUGGGGCCGGCCGCUGCUGCUGCCCCCCAGGCUGGGCUGGCCCUGCCUGCACCCUCGCCCUGUGCCCUGGGAACUGCUCUGCCCACGUUGGGGGCGGCGUCUGCAACCAGAGUUUAGGAUUGUGCAUCUGCUUUGAGGGUUUUGGGGGCGCAGACUGUGCCACACAUCUGGAUGGGGGGCAGCUUGUCUGGGAGACGCUCCUGGACAGCCGGCUCUCUGCUGACACGGCGAGCCGCUUCCUUCACCGUCUGGGCCACACCAUGGUCGAGGGGCCUGACUCUACCUUGUGGAUGUUUGGGGGUCUGGGUCUGCCUCAGGGGCUGUUGGGAAACCUGUACAGGUACUCGGUGGGGGAGCGGCGCUGGACCCAGAUGCUGGCUGGCUCCGAGGAUGGGGGGCCUGGGCCCGCACCCCGUUUGUUCCACGCGGCCGCCUACGUGCCCGCUGGCCGUGGCGCCAUGUACUUACUGGGUGGCCUCACGGCGGCGGGGGUCGCCCGGGACUUCUGGGUCCUCAACCUCACCACAUUGCAGUGGCGCCAGGAGAAGACCCCGCAGGCCCUGCUGCUGCCCGCCGUGGCAGGACACACGCUGACCUCCCGGCGAGGCUUGUCCCUGCUGCUCAUUGGGGGAUAUUCUCCCGAAAACGGUUUCAACCAACAACUCCUGGAGUAUCAGCUGACGAUGGGCACGUGGCUGGCCGGGCCCUCGAGUGGGACGCCACCCACUGGCCUUUACGGUCACUCAGCGGUCUACCACGAGGCCACAGACUCGCUGUACGUCUUUGGUGGCUUCCGCUUUCACGUCGAGCUGGCCGCCCCGUCCCCGGAGCUCUACUCCCUGCACUGCCCUGACCGCACCUGGAGCCUGCUGGCCCCUUCCCAGGGGGCAAAGCCCAGGCCCCGGCUGUUCCACGCGGCAGCCCUGCUCGGGGACACCAUGGUGGUCCUGGGUGGCCGCUCGGAGCCGGACGAGUUCAGCAGCGAGGUCCUGUUGUACCAGGUCAACUGCAACGCCUGGCUGCUGCCCAACCUGACCCGUCCAGCCUCUGUGGGGCCCCCGAUGGAGGAGUCCGUGGCCCAUGCCGUGGCGGCUGUGGGGGGCCGCCUCUAUAUCUCUGGGGGCUUUGGUGGGGUGGCCCUGGGGCGCCUGCUGUCACUGAGCUUGCCCUCGGACCCCUGUCACUUGGUGCACUCCCCUGAGGCCUGUAACGCCUCAGGUGCCUGUAGCUGGUGCCAUGGAGCAUGCCUGUCAGGAGAACAGGCCCACAGGCUGGGCUGCAGCAGCCCCUCCUGCUCCCCCAUGCCCCGCACAUCAGAGGAGUGCCGCCGCCUGCGCACCUGCAGCGAGUGCCUCGCCCGCCACCCCCGCACCCUGAGGUUGGGGGAAGGGGAAGAGGCCGCCCCGCCGCGGUGUAAGUGGUGCACCAACUGUCCAGAGGGCGCCUGCAUUGGCCGCAACGGCUCGUGCACCUCGGAGAAUGACUGCCGCAUCAACCAGCGCGAGGUGUUCUGGGCCGGAAACUGCUCAGAGGCUGCGUGUGGGGCGGCUGACUGCGAACAGUGCACACAGGAGGGCAAGUGCAUGUGGACGCGCCAGUUCAAGCGCACUGGGGAGACCCGCCGCAUCCUCUCGGUGCAGCCCACCUACGACUGGACCUGCUUCAGCCACUCGCUGCUCAACGUGUCCCCGAUGCCCGUGGAGUCGUCCCCUCCCAUGCCCUGCCCCACGCCCUGCCACCGCCUCGCCAACUGCUCCUCCUGCCUAGACUCCAAGGGCGCCGACGGGGGCUGGCAGCACUGUGUCUGGAGCAGCAGCCUCCAACAGUGUCUGAGCCCAUCUUUUCUACCUCUGCGCUGCCUGGCAGGGGGCUGUGGGCGGCUGCUGCGAGGGGCAGAAAGCUGCUCCCUGGGCUGUGGCAAUGCCCGCCAAUGUGCCCUCUGCCUUCGACGCCCACACUGUGGCUGGUGUGCCAGGGGAGAUCCUGGCCAGGACGGGGCAGGACUGUGUAUGGAGGGUGGCCUCAGCGGACCCCGAAAUGGGCUGACAUGCGGGCAUGGCGAUCCUAAGGCCUCCUGGGCCUUCCUGUCUUGUCCUCCUGAGAACGAGUGUGUCAAUGGACACCAUGACUGCAACGAGACCCAGAACUGUCACGACCGGCCUCAUGGCUACGAGUGUACCUGCAAGACCGGCUACACCAUGGACCAUGUGCGGGGCCAGUGCCGCCCAGUCUGUGCCCAGGGCUGUGUGAAUGGCUCCUGUGUGGAGCCCGACCGCUGUCUCUGCCACUUUGGGUUUGUUGGCCGUAACUGUUCGACUGAGUGUCGUUGCAACAGGCACAGCAACUGUGAUGGCGUAGGGGCCCGGGACCGCUGCCUUGAGUGCCAUAACAAUACUGCGGGUCCCCACUGUGAACGUUGCCGGCCACUGUUUGUGGGCUCAGCCCUGGGAGGUGGAACCUGCCGCCCCUGCCGAGCUUUCUGCAGAGGGAAUAGUGACAUCUGUGUCUCUGAGAAGGAGUUAGAAAUGUCCCGUGACGAUCCCGAGACAUACCCCCUGGAUCCUGAGGAGAUUGAGAAGUGGGUGUCCGAGGGGCCGAGCGAGGACGAGGCCGUGUGUGUGAACUGUCAGAACAACAGCUACGGAGACAAGUGCCAGCGCUGCCUGGAAGGGUAUUUCCUUCUGGACGGCCGGUGUACCAAGUGUCAGUGUAACGGCCAUGCAGACACCUGCAAUGAAGAUGGGACGGGCUGUCCCUGCCAGAAUAACACGGAGACAGGCACCUGCCAGGGGAGCUCCCCCAGCGACCGCCGUGACUGCUAUAAGUACCAGUGCGCCAAGUGCCGGGAGUCUUUUCAUGGCAGCCCCCUGGGGGGCCAGCAGUGUUACCGGCUGAUCUCAGUGGAGCAGGAGUGUUGCCUGGACCCCACCUCCCAGACCAAUUGCUUCCACGAGCCCAAACGCCGGGCCCUCGGCCCCGGGCGCACCGUGCUCUUUGGGGUCCAGCCAAAGUUCACCAACGUAGAUAUCCGCCUGACGCUGGAUGUGACCUUUGGUGCUGUCGACCUCUACGUUUCCACAUCUUACGACACCUUUGUGGUCCGUGUGGACCCAGACACCGGAGUCCACUCUGUCCACAUCCAGCCACCUCCACCAGCCCCACCCCCUAUGGCUGCGGAGGCGGGGCUGCGAGCAGGCGAGGUGGGCGCUGGGGGGCCUGGUCCGCCCCCAGAGCCUCGGAUCCGGGAGGUGCGGCCACGGGGGCUCAUCACCUACGUGACUGUGAUCGAGCCUGCCGCCGUGCUGGUGGUGCGUGGGGUGCGGGACCGGCUCGUCAUCACCUACCCCCACGAGCAGCAUGCCCUCAAGUCCAGCCGCUUUUACCUGCUCCUGCUGGGCGUCGGGGACCCCACGGCGCCUGGCGCCAAUGGCUCUGCAGACUCCCAGGGCCUCCUCUUCUUCCGCCAAGACCAGGCCCACAUCGAUCUCUUUGUCUUCUUCUCUGUCUUCUUCUCCUGCUUCUUCCUCUUCCUGUCGCUCUGUGUCCUGCUCUGGAAGGCCAAGCAGGCCCUGGACCAGCGGCGCGAACAGCGGCGACAUCUGCAGGAGAUGACCAAGAUGGCCAGCCGCCCUUUUGCCAAGGUCACAGUCUGCUUCCCGCCUGACCCGGCCGUUAGCGUCCCCUGGAAAACGAGUAGUGUGGGCCUCCCACCCCCUGCCUUCCGCCGCUCGGAGCCUUUCCUGGCCCCGCUGCUGUUGACUGGGGGUGGGGGGCCUUGGGGAGCUGGCAGUGGGGGCUGCUGCCCUGUGGCCCUGAGGGCCGGGCCCAUCACUCUGGAGCCCACAGAGGACGGCAUGGCAGGGGUUGCUACACUCCUGCUGCAGCUACCUGGUGGCAUCUACACCCCGAACAGGGCCUGCCUGGGCUCCGCCCUGGUCACCCUGCGGCACCGGCUGCAGGAGUACUGUGGAGGUGGCAGUGGACCUGGGGCCAGUGGACACGGGGCAGGGGGCGGGAGGAAGGGACUGCUGACUCAUGACAACCUCACCAGCAUGUCGCUCUGAGGGCCCGGGGGUGGGGAGGGUCACCCAGCGCUUGCUCCCUGCCCCUCGGCCCCCCACACUCCCAGCCUGUCCCUAGUGGCCAGGCGUUCCGUAAACCCCCGGCUCAUCUUUGGUUUGCUGACACCCUUCCCGUCAGCCCCGCGUUUGGACUCCACACUGUACCGUGUCAGGCCUCUCUGAGGAGCUAUCCCCUGGGCUCCAGGCCAGGUUUCCAUGCUGAAGGCAGUCUUCCCUCAGGCCCCUCACCCACCCAACGUCUUGAGUCUGUCACCUAUGACCCCCGGCGCCCUAGUGUGACUGGCCCUGGGGUUUCCCAAGCCUUCACUUCCUGGACACUGGACCACCUCGGUUCCCUUGGAAGCCCCUCAGCUUUCUGGGACAAAUCGCAGCGUUUCAGACUUGGGUCCUCCGUGAACAUUUAGUCCGACCCCGCCCCAGCAUGGGGGACCUCACUACCUCUUGAGGCAGGCCAUUCCUGCUGGAAGGAUUUUCCUGACAUCAAGCUGCAUUUGCCCCCUUGCGCCUCCACCCAUCGCUCCUGGUUCUGCCCUCUCUGGCCCAAAAGGACUCCUUUUGCCCCUCUAUUGCAGGACAGCCCUGCAGGUACAUCGAAAUAGCACUCGUGGGUGUCCCCUUCAGCUCGUACCUUCAGCCUGGCCUCUGGAGGGGAGGCACACCCUCUCCAUUCGGGUCACCCUCUCUAUCCACCUCCUUCCUGAGAUGUGUGCAGAGCCGAACCUGCACCCCAGGGUGGCCUCCCUAGCACUCCUCCCCGUGGUCCAGGAAGUACAGCCUGAGGUGGGGGGCUGUGUCACAGCGUCGGCUCACGCUGAGCUUGCUGAGCCAGCUGGGCCUCCCCUCAGCUUGCGAAGUUGUCUCUUUGAUUGGCCCAGUGGGACAUCUCCUGUCCCGCAUGUAGUGAGCGAUUCCUCCCCGCCGUCACUUGGAGGUUCUGUGAGGGCGUCACAUUGAGGCCAACCACAGGCUCCGGGGGCUACCCCAUGGGCUACUCUGGGGUCCAAAGGUCUGUGUCUCUGGAGGGGGGUUGGCCUCCUCUGUCUUGCCCCCCACCCCCCCCCCUUUGCCAGCAUCCCAGCCAGCAAGCUCAUCUCUCCUGGGGGGAACCCUCUGAGUGAAGGAGGACGGGCCCGUGACUGAACUCGUUGCCCCCACUGGUGUCUGGUUGGAAGCUGGAUGUUAAAGGGAAUUCUUGCUCAUCUACAGCUUGAACUGGACAGCCUUUGAAGCCCCUUUCCAGUCCUUAGUAACUCUUUCAGCCUUCUAGCUGCCCAAAUAGCAAUCGAGGCGAUCCUCAUAAAGUGCUUAGCGCAGUGCCAGGCACAUAGCAGAAAUGCUUCUUCCUUGUCCUUCCCAACCAAUGGCUUCAAUAAACUCCCCACUCUCUCUGGUCCCUGUGUCCCUUAACUCAGGACUCCAGGACCUGUCUCUUUUCUCCGAAAUCUUACUUAUCCUUUCCUUCCUGCUCCUGACCCCCCCCCCCCAGCUUUUGAACCCCUCACCCUUUCUCAUCUUUCCCUCCAGGGCCUUGGAAACCAUUCAUUCCCAUAGCUUACUGCCUGCCCCUCCCACCCUACCCAAGUCAGAGGAUUUGGACAGCUUCACUCUUGUGGGCAGGAAGGAGGUCACUGGACUGAUGUGUAUGGGAGGAGGAAACCUUAAAUCACCAAAUAAAACAUUUCCAGGGGA